GCAGUGUUACAGCUCUUUUAGAAUUUGUCUAGCAGGCUUUCCGGUUCCUGCCGGAAAGCCCUUUCACGCGGUCCGUUGGUAACAAUAGAGUGCUUUGCGUGCGCAUGCGCGUGGGCAGUUGUCGCUGUGCUUGCACGCCCGUGUGUAGUGCGCAAUUGGCCCCGGCCCCAAAGCUUGCUGUAGUUCUCGAGUGCGGAGGUUCGGGCCGGCUGGAGGGCUUCCGGCUGCGCCUGAUGCUGCUUCCUUUCCGGUCUCACUCGCUUUGGGGACUGUGCUAGGACGUGGCUCCUUCUUCCUGAGCGUUCCAUUACUUCCCCUACACUUGCAGCCUCUACCUCCCUAUGGCGUCCGCCUCGGCCCAGCCUGCGGCUCUGAGCGCUGAGCAGGCGAAGGUGGUCCUGGCGGAGGUGAUCCAGGCGUUCUCUGCCCCGGAGAAUGCAGUGCGUAUGGACGAGGCUCGGGAUAACGCAUGCAACGACAUGGGUAAGAUGCUGCAAUUCGUGCUGCCAGUGGCCACGCAGAUCCAGCAGGAGGUUAUCAAAGCCUAUGGCUUCAGCUGCGACGGGGAAGGUGUUCUCAAGUUUGCCCGCUUGGUCAAAUCCUACGAAGCCCAGGAUCCUGAGAUUGCCAGCCUGUCAGGCAAGCUGAAGGCACUGUUCCUGCCACCCAUGACGCUGCCACCCCAUGGACCUGCUGCUGGUGGCAGCGUGGCUGCCUCCUGAGAGUAGUUGGCCCUCUCUUGUGCCACUGCCAGGGAAGGAAAGGCCUUGAUGUUCCAGACAAUAAUAAACGUGUCUGCGACUCUGUGACUUA